AUGGACCGCGUGCCUUCUAAUUCCCCGCGCUGCUUUCCCAAAUCUGGCUUCGUGAAACUGGACUCCAGAGAGAAAGUAGAAGAAGAGGAGGUCCCCCUUUAUGAUCCACAUAACUUCUAUCCUGUGUACAUUGGUGAAGUAUUGGCAUCUAGAUACCAGGUUGUUUCAAAGCUUGGAUACGGCACAUCUUCUACAGUUUGGCUUUGCCGUGACCUUCAAGGGAAUGGUUACUUUACAGUGAAAGUUUGUAUUCGUGGACAAUGUCCUCAGCGCGAACUAGCUAUCUCGCACCAUUUAGAGAAGUCUGAUAGCCAUCCUGGGAAAUAUCUAGUUCGUUUAGUUCUCGACUCAUUUGAAAUUACCGGUCCUUAUGGAACACACUUUUGCUUAGUUUAUCAACCACUUGGAAUGAGUUUUACUGAUUUUCGGAAGUCACUUCCCGGCAAUAAAUUCCCGAAAGAUCUUGCUCAGAGAAGUAUCCAACUCUUAUUAAUAUCACUAGCUUUUAUGCACGAUAACGGAGUUAUUCAUACUGAUAUCUCAUCGAAUAAUAUAUGCCAAGGGAUUAUGGAUAGCAAUAUCCUAUCUCAAAUUGAACAAGACGAGAUAAUGCAACCAAUUCCAAGAAAAGUUUUAGAUGACCGUUCUAUAUAUUACUCCCGCCCCAUACCUGUAUGCGCUAGCUCGCCGGUUAUUUCUGAUCUUGGCGAAGCUAGAAUUGGGAAGGGAAAACACGAAGGCGAUAUUAUGCCAGGAAUUUAUCGGGCACCAGAAGUAAUUCUGGAUAUGGGCUGGGACUGUAAGGUUGAUAUUUGGUCUACUGGAACAAUGCUCUGGGAUUUGCUGCAGGAUAGCCACCUUUGUUUUGCAAGAAGGAAAGGUCUGCUCGAUGAUGAGCAGCACCUAGCAGAAAUGGUAUCUCUUAUGGGACCUCCUCCACCGGAAUUCCUCAGAAGAAGUGAAAGAUCACGUCAGUUUUGGGACGAGCAAGGCAAUUGGAAGGGGUCUAUUCCCAUACCAGAACAAUCGCUGGAGAUGAGAGAACGGCAGCUUUCUGGCAUAGACAGAGAGCUCUUUCUAAAUUUCCUACGGAGAAUUUUCCGUUGGUUACCUGAAGAGCGACCAACUGCGGAGGAGCUGGCGUAUGAUGACUUCUUAAUGCAGCCAAUCAUGACGAGCGCCUAG